AACAACUUCUUACGGGAAUAGCUCAAAUGGACAACCGGCUCAACCGAUUAGAGGAAGAGCAAAGAGCCAGUUUUCAAAGAUUGGAGGAUGAGCAAAGGGCCGGCUUUCAACGUUUGGAGGAGCUCCGGGAGGCCGAUAGACACCGGUAUGAGGAAGACCAACAUAGGUUCUACGGGCCUAUGUACUCGUUUAUGGCACAGCAGGGAUCCUUCCAUACCAUGGCGAACCCUCCUCCACCACCCUCAUGGUAUGACCCCACUCAUUGGGGUAACUUUGGAGGAUCUGGCUCCGGUGGUGGAGGGUACGACGGCGGAGAUGGCGGGGACACUUACAUGGGAGAUGAGGAAGAGCAAAGAGCCAGUUUUCAAAGAUUGGAGGAUGAGCAAAGGGCCGGCUUUCAACGUUUGGAGGAGCUCCGGGAGGCCGAUAGACACCGGUAUGAGGAAGACCAACAUAGGUUCUACGGGCCUAUGUACUCGUUUAUGGCACAGCAGGGAUCCUUCCAUACCAUGGCGAACCCUCCUCCACCACCCUCAUGGUAUGACCCCACUCAUUGGGGUAACUUUGGAGGAUCUGGCUCCGGUGGUGGAGGGUACGACGGCGGAGAUGGCGGGGACACUUACAUGGG